UGCCCAAUAAAAACAAAAGUCUUUGGUCAACUCAAACAUGGUGACGUCGUUGGCUUGGUCGUCGACUGGCGCCUUCUACGAAAGUAAGGAAGACACUUGUGAAGGGGAGGUCUCUACGGCUCUGGGCAGAGCAGAAGACAGGUCGUGUAGAAUGAUCCGGACGAAUGUUGCUGUCGUCUUAUAAGCAAACUAGUGAAUGUCUGACUGGUUAAGACUUAAGACACAAUAGUUCCAGCCAGCAAGUGUGGGAAGCAGAGUAAAAUCACUGCAGUUAACCAAGUAAUGCAGACGUAAUGGCGAGUAAUUCCACUAUUAUUCGCGGAGGACAUCCUGGAUGUACCCAAGAAUGUCUGAAGAGGAUGACGGUAAGCCAUGUGCGUGCCCAUCUGUUCCUUAUCAUGCAUUACCUGAGGGAAUGUACUUGUCUGCCAAAAAUGGAAAAAUUAUGGAGGUGAGGCAGUACUUACAAAAUGGAAGCGACAUCAAUGCCACAGAUGAGGAUGGUUAUACCCUGCUUUCAAGUGCAUGUGUUGGAGGACAAGUGGCGCUGGUGCGGUACUUGCAUAAACAGCCGUAUCUUCAUCGGAACACCAAAACUUGGGCCGGUGACACUCCCCUAAUGUAUGCUGCGAUGCUGGGGCAUUUUGAUGUGGUGAAGGAACUGAUAACGAGGCCUCAUCCAUGCCGCUUAGAUUUGGACGCAGUGAAUAAUUACAACGAUACUGCAAUAUCCUUGGCUGCCUCUAAUGAUCAUUCUGACGUGGUGGAAUACCUUCAGAGUGUAGAACUACCACAGUUACUAGCACUUGGAGACUUCAAAAUGGAAAAAUCACCCACAAAAGUUCAAAGCUGUCUUGAGAUAAAGUUUGAGUGUCAGGUUUGCCUCGAAGACUAUGACAAUAUUGAGCGACGCCCGCGUUCUCUGAGCUGUGGUCAUUCCCUUUGCACAAACUGUGUAGCUGAAACACUUAUGAGAGGCAAGCUGAAUUGCCCAUAUUGCCGUGCCAGACAUGUACCAGAUGUCCAAAUGGCAUCACAAGUUCCAGUCAACUAUACUGUUGAUAAUGUGAUCCAGGAACAGAAUUCAUAGCAUUGCUACCCGGCCCUGAUGUGGAUCAUUGACCUGUGCCCUGGUGGGCUAAUCCUGUAAAAAGAAUAAAAAAGAAAGAAAAAAUGCUGGGACCAUUUGUUAAUAUAGUUUAAGACACUGCAGUGAUAUCAUUCAGAAUCUUAGGUUUCAUCAUUAAUUUGACAAGCUUAGGUUAUUUUUUGUAAGGUUGUCUUGUUGAUAUUUUAUUCAUAUAGUGUUAUGUAAAAUUGACCCCCCAAAAAUCACAUGUAAAUUAACAGUUAGAUCAUCUGGUAAAAAAACAAGAGAAAAUUUGGAAUGUUGGUGUUUGAGUCAGGUAAAUAGUGUACUUAUUCAAUGUUUAUCAGUAGCAUAAAAGAAAGAGAUGUGGAAUAAGAACUACCAAAAGCAUUUGAUGUUAGUGCUAUGAAUAAUAUACUGGUAAAUAUAUAGAAAGUCUGAGUUUAUUCGUAAUCGUUGGGAUGACCGUUUCUGACGAGAAAAAUAUUUAGCUAAAUUAAUAAAGAUACAUACAUUCAUUAUUUCAAGCAUGAGCACGUAGGAAGCUCAUCAGAAGUAUUAUACAUGAAUUAACUGUUAAACUCUGGUAGCAAAUUCACACUUUUGGAAGAUGCAUUUAAUAUAUACUUAUAAAACCCACAAUAAGGCCUACUAAGACAAAUUACAAAUCAGUAAUACUACAUUAUGCAAAAACAACAUUUUUAAAGAUCAGAAUCACAUUGAAAUAUUACACGACCGUUAGCAGAGGCGGGAAAAAUAUGAAGUUGUUCGCAGUCAUAUUUCCUGUCUCUGCUGGUGGUCCUACCUGAAACGUGACCAAUGUCUACUAGAGCUAACUGUUAUUUCUUGGUUUCACAACAGAUGACAUUCUCACCAUUAGCUCCUUUCUUCCCGUACAUGGAUAAAAGAAUUUGUUCUUCCCAUCGUUCAUUUCUUUUCAUCAGUAGUCAGAUACAGGGUUCAUUGUGUCAGAGUAUAUCAUCAUCACCUUUCUCUUGGUGCUGGAUUCUUUUCACUGGGGUCACAGCAGCCAGUUCUUAAAUCUAUUUUGUGUCAGAUUUCUUAUUGAUUCUUGUUUUAUGUUUGGGGCUGUUUUGAUUGCAGGCCUUUAAGAAUAAGAUACAUUUUAUUAUUCAGAGGAGGGUUUUUUUCUUCCUUGGGCAAUUAAUGAUUAGUGCCACCAGAUGUUACCUUUCAUUAGUGUUUUGCAGUCAUAGAUAGAGAGUUCAGUCAACUCGGUGAUUGAACCUGAUUGGCUGAGCAGGUCUCGUGACACAUGGGCGCCAUGUUUUUACUCAGCCGAUGAAGAAGUUUGCAUUCGUACUGUAGGGGAUGAUGAUGUUUAUUCUGUAAAAUUUUCAUGCAGGUUUACAAUUGGAUAAGCAUGUUUAUAAACUGUGCAGUUAUGCAGUUCAGCAUGAAUAUAGUCAAUGUAGGUACAGUACUUUACAGGUAUAUGGUGUACGUAGGCUGUGUGUGCAACAGUUGUAAACAGUAAGGCAACUUGACCAAGGGUAGCCGACAAAGCUGCCAGGUGCUUAUUUCCAGGAAGGUUGCUGCUUUAUCACACUACUUUGCACAGUGUAUACCCCCUGUAUUUGAUUUGAUUUUACUUUACCAUUAACUUUGAGUCUUUCAUUACCACUUAUAACUUCUCUCAAUGAGAAUUCUAAAUACUGUAUAGAUUGUACAGUGUGGGAGAUAGAACAUAGCCUUGUCUUACUCCCUGUCUGUUACUAAUAAAAAGUCUUUAAAAUUC